AUGAGUGGGACACCAAAUAAAAGGCCACAUGAGGAAGGUGGAAAUGGCAGCCACAGUCACUCCUCAGUCCAAAAGUACUUGCAAGAUAACGCAGUUGCAUUCUCUAAGGACAAUAAUGAGGAUGUCAAGGUUAAGACCCGUGACUUCUACCAAGGGGCUAAAGCUGACAAGGAUAAAUCUGACAAACGAGCCGAUGAUAAAGUUAAGCAUGAUAGAAAUAUUUAUCUUGAAUAUAAAGGUGAUGUGAAGGUAGAUAAAGAUGGCUUUGGUGGGAUGAGUACACACUUGAACUGGAACGAUUCGAAAAAGCAGAGCAGGGACAAAAAGCACUUGGAAUGGGGAGAAAGGGAUAAAGAAAGAAAUGACCGUAGGAGAAAUUUGCAAUUGGAAGGAAGCAGUUUUGAAAACAAAGAGAUACCUAGGGAGGAUAGAGAAUCUAAUAGGUGGGAGAAUGAAAGAAAAGAUCUCUCAAAGGAGAGAGACAAACCAAAAGAUUGCGAAAAGGAACACAUAAAGAGGGAAUUAUGGAAUGAAGCCGAAAAAGAGGUUUCCCAAAAUGAAAAAGUCAUCAUGGAUGUUCCUAGGAGAACUAUUGAGCUAGAAAACUCAACACUAGAGCGGAAGAAACAAAAAGCCCUUAAUAAUUGGAAAAAUGCUGAUAGAGAUGGAAGUACAGGAGAAGGAAAGAGAUACAGAUUUGGAAGGAGAGAGUCCUGA